AUGAAGAAUUGUCCUGGCGCAGACGCUCCUUAUUGUCCGCCCAAGAUUUUCCCCAUCAGCGUCAGAGCAUAUUGGCCGCUUCGCAAAAGAAUCGAGGAUGACCCUGAUGCGCCACAAGAAGAGCCGAUGGAGGGAUUUCCAGAUGAGGCCUACACAGGCAUUCCAGCUCUUAAGAGCUGGUUGUACGAGGCCACGAUCCCACCGAGGGAGCGCCAUAUGAAGGCGCUCCUCCACAGACUCGUUGGCUUGUAUAAUAACCUGCAGACAUGGUCCGACCAAGAGUGCGAGAAGAUCAAGCUGGAGAUGACGCCGGAGGAACUGCAGGAGAAAUAUCUCAACACGGAGUACAAGAUUCUGGAAAAGAAACUCAGAACAUUUGGAGCCGAUUUUUCCAAGGAUGUUGCAGAUUGCAACCCUCUUAAGAACACAAAUAAGGCUCUGGCCACCUGCGUCGAGGAAUGUGUCGACCAGGUCAACAAUUGGAUCUACAAAGAUUCCCAACGCGCCAAUCCUCACGCCAAACUUGCCUACGCCACCUUCCUCGCUAUCAUCAAAUCCGGCGGCGGUUGCUUCCUUAGCCGGGCCAAGGGUCAACGUAUCAUCUACGACUGGAUGGACGGUCUUGCCAACACCUUCAGGAACCAAGUCGUAUCGCAGUGGGUUACCUCUCUGCACAAACAACUACCCGGUCUUGAGGCUCCUGCUGGCGCCGCGAUCGAUGCACGGUGGGAUCAUUGUGUCGAUACGAUCAUUGGAAUCCUCAAGAAAAGCUUCCCGCGCCAGAGACAGUAUCUUAUUACCAAAAUUUCCCCUCUCAAAUCUAUCAAGGAAGAAAUCAAAGACGCUAUCGGGAAAGUCCUCGAUGAUGUGGCUGUGAACUCGGACGGUCUGCAUAAGGAGCUAGCGGCGGAUAUGAAGGACAGGUGGAAAACAACGUUCAAAAGGGCGGCAGGAGCAAAGCUGAAGGGGAAGGGCAGCAUGAAGAAUCGACACCAGGUCCUGAUUAAGUUUGCAAAAACCAAGGCAGCCAAAACGUAUAAGGAUGCGGUAGCGAAAAUGAAGAAGGAAGUUACGGAUGAGAUCAACAAAGUCCCCAAGCAACUGGAACUGAUUUUCAUGAGAGGCGUGGAAAAGUUGAGGCAGCAGGUCAAGCUUAUCAUGGACAACAUUGUCGAAUAUGAGAAGAAGCAAGGUGAUGGUGGCAGCGUGGAAGGCUUGAAGGAGGAGGAAAGUGAAAUCGGCGGCUCCGAGGACUUGAGGAGGCAGAAGAUUGAGCUACAGGAAAGUAUCAAAGCCAUGCUCUACAAGUGGUUCUCUUCGUGGGAUGGAUGUACGGAUGACAUUCCCAUGACCGACGCCGAAGAUCAUGAGCAGGGGACGAGGGCAAGUUGGUUGAAGCAGAGCCAGAUUCUGACAAGUUUUAGCUUGGGAGCUCUGGGUGAAGUCAGAGACGAACUGGAGGAGGAUUGCGAGGACCAGAUGAUCGAUAUGAUUCUGGAGAAUCACGCAGAGGAGGAUAAGAUAAAGGUCGAGGAGGAAGAUGAGGAUUCCGAUUGA